GCCGAAAGUCCGACCAUUGGUGAGGCCGAGCAGGGAAGCGCCGCACACCAUGUUCAAGAAACGCAAAAACCUUAAUAUUCGGGCACGGCGGCUAAGCGAGGAGGAGGCGGUAGUGGAAGGCGAGACCACGAGCAUCCUGAGCACAGAUGACAGUAACUCCAACCUUCCGCCAGUCGGGAAGAAGGAGAAAAAGAAGGCCAAAGAGAAGGCCGAGCCCAAGAAACAGUCCGUGCUGAGCUUCGAGGACGAGCUGGAAGCUGAUGAUGGCAUUAUGUUCCAAGAGAAGAAGUCAAGCCUCAGCUACAAGUUGAGGAAGGAGAUGAAGAAGGAGAGGAAGGAGAAGAGAAGAGAGGAAAAGGAGAAACAGAGACAGGCAGAGGGGAAGGACAAGUUCAGAGAGAAGGACAAGAAUGGGGGCCCCACAGUGUCUGAAUUGGAUGAGCUUGGGAUUCGCAUUGUCAAUGGGCGAGAGGCUGAGGCCAUUGGGGCUCGUCCAGGUGAUUCAGAUUCAGAUGACGAGGUUCCAGGCCAACACAAGUUCCGGCCCAAAGGGACCAAGGCUCCCCAGUCUCUUGAUCCCUGGAAAAAGAUAUUGCAAAGUGGACAAAUCCCUGAUGCCAACAUGAUCCAUGCCAUACGCAAGCAGCGGCAGCAGGCCAGAGAGCAGGGCGACAUGAUCCCCAUUGAUGACACUGUCAGGCUGGAGGAGGGCAAGGGCCGGCUGGUGAGGGAUGACGACAAUGACCGUAGUGAUGACGAAGAAGGGUCGUCCCGCAUGGAUUUUGCCGUGAACCAGCAGGCGAGGGACAGGCAACAGCGGCAGGAGGCAUUCAAUGCAGCACAAGAUGAUGGCACAGACAACAGUGACCAUGAGCGGGAGUGGGAGAAGCAGCAGCUGCAGAAAGCCAGGGCAAGCACUAAGGCUGCUGGCUGUGAGGGUGAAGCAAGCCAGGAUGGCCUGCCAGACCCCAGCACAGGUGGUCCCUUCCCUGCCUCCCUGGACAAUUGUGGCCUGGCUGGGGUGGGCAACGGUAGCAGCAGCACCAGCGUCAGCCAGAUGGAGCCGACCCUGUGGGGCCAGGAGAGCCUCAUUCCUGCAUCCUCGUCCGCCCUGCCACGCCCCGCCAACUACCAGGCGGAGGGCAUCAUCAAGCGCCUCCAGGACAGUCGCACCAGCCUGGAGGAGGUGUACCGGCGCCACCAGAAGGAGGCGGACACGGUGAUAGAUGACCUGGUGACCUGCAAGUCCACCAUCUCCCGGUGUAGCUUGGAGCAACACCCGCUGACCAGCAUCUUCCAGUUCUAUCAAGAUAUCCGUGGGUAUGUCACUGACUUAAGAGACUGUCUGAAUGAAAAGGUCCCUCAGAUUGGUGGCCUGGAGGAGCAGGUGUAUGCACUGUAUCGUCAGCGAGCCCAGAAGAUGGUGCAGCGUCGCCGCCAGGAUGUGAGGGACCAGAAUGAUGAAUUCUCCCCCUUUGCUGGAAAAGGAGCGCUGGGUGAUGAGUACCGGACAAGACGUGCAGCCGAGAGGGAGGGCCGGAGGACCCGCAGGAGAAGGGAGCGAGAGAAACGAGGCGACUCCAACCACCAUGACGGCAUGUCGACGGAUGACGAGGAGUCCCAGUCAGAGAUCCAGCUCAUGCAGACUGAAUUAGAGCACAUCGCUGCUGAAGCGCGCAAGAUUUUUGAAGACGUGGAAGACGACUUCUCACAGCUGAAGCGCAUCAUGACUAGGUUCGAGGAGUGGCGGGGAAAGGACAGACCCACAUACUCUGACGCUUAUGUUUCCUACAACCUGCCAAAAAUAUUUGCCCCUUAUAUAAGACUCCAGAUGUUAUUGUGGAAUCCACUGAUGAAGGACAGUGAGAGUGUGGAGGUGGAGCGCAUGAAGUGGUUCAACCUGCUGCUGCUUUAUGGCACUGGUGACACCACAGAUGACGACCCACACAGCUUACGGGAAGACCCAGACCGCAAGUUGAUGUCACACCUGGUGGAGAAGGUGGUCUUGGUGAAGUUGAAAGAACUUGUUGGCUGCUGGUGGGAUCCCCUCUCCCACACCCAAACAGUGCGUCUGGUUAACCUGAUGAGGCACUAUGCUGAGGCCUAUCCCAGCCUGAGUCCCAGCUCUAAGCCUCUCAGAGAACUCACCCAUGCCAUCAUCAACAAGAUAAGAGAUGCCAUAGACAAUGACAUCUUCAUACCAAUGUUUCCUAAAAAUGUGUAUGACAACAAGAAUUCUGGAGUAAGCCUCUUCUUCCAGCGUCAGUUUUGGGUAGCAUGGAAGCUCCUCAGUUCUACAUUAAUGUGGCAUAAAGUCCUCAGUGACUCGGUUAUUCACGACCUUGCUGUCCGUUCAUUAUUAAACUUGUACCUCCUGCCUGCUCUCAACCUGGCAGCUGAGAUCAAUCCCACAGAUGCCCUUGAUAAGUGUAGGAAUGUUAUCAAUGCCUUACCACGGUCUUGGGUGAAGAGUGAAGGAACUCAUGUUUUCCUGGGUCGUUUAGAGGACUUCCUCAUCAAGUUGUCUGAGAAGCUGGACCCCACCACACACUCUCCGGCUUUGAAGGAAGUAUGUGAUUUGCUGAAGUCCAUUGGAGCAACAACCCAAGCAGAGAAAAUAGCCUACAAGUACCUUUAAACAUAGUUAGUGAUUUUUAAUAUGAUUUGGUUGAGGAUCUAUUUUGGAAAGUCAGAAAAGAUAAUAAAAUCUUAAUGGCUACCUAACUUAUAAGUACUUGAUCAUGAAUUUUUAAAUUUGUGUUCAGUGCUUGAAUCUAGUAAAUACUCACACUGACAAGGUAAAUGCAUAGAACAGCAAAUUGGGUUGAUUCUCAUGGCAUGGCUUUGAGUUGCCACUUCCUCUGAGGGAGGUUGGUUGUUGUCCAUAAUGAAGCCACACCAUAUUUGUAAAUAUUUUUUGUACAUAAAUUCUCUCCAUAAAUAGAAUUGUAACAUCUGAAAGGAGUUAGUAGCCAAAUUGUGGUGUAACUGUUCAGUGAGGAAUUUUGAGUUUCAGACUUGUAAAACAUGCAUUGAGUAUGGAAAGUGUUGUUAUGAAGCAAGUUAUGAGGUGUUCUUUGGUAAAAAAAUGUGAAGGUAAAUAUGUUAUCAAGCCUUAACAUUGGUUAGAGAGAGAGAGAGAGAGAGAGAGAGAGAGAGAGAGAGAGAGAGACUUACCACCAUUUUACUGUUUCUGAAGAGCAGUUAAAUUUUAACAAAGGUCAAAGAUACAUCCAAGACCUAUCCUAUACAAUGAAAAGGUAGCUGCUCUUACAAAUUUUUGUAAAGUUUUUAUAAGACUGAAUUCUGUAUGUACAAAUCAAUAAAGCUUUUUUUUUGUUUAA